CAGAACACAUUAUGUCAGAUAUUUUACUGCUAUCGAGAAUCGAGAGGUGCAAUGUUUAAUUAAUGUACAUAAUAUACUGCAAUACAACAUAUAAAUCGUAAAUUAAAAAGUUUAAAGCAAAAUGCCCGUUCCCGGUGGUUUAUACCAAAACCAAGGCCCUUCAUGUUUUGACAAAAUGAAAAUGGGAUUCUUAAUUGGUUUUUGUGUUGGUAUGGCGAGUGGCGGUCUCUUCGGUGGUUUCACUGCUUUGAGAUACGGCGCUAGAGGGAAAGAGUUGGUACAUUCUGUUGGAAAAGUGAUGCUGCAGGGAGGAGGCACGUUCGGCACUUUUAUGGCCAUAGGCACUGGAAUUCGCUGUUGAAAACAAACCUAAUCUAACAACUUACAACACUAGUUUAUAUUAAUAGCAUAAAAUUAUCUUGUUAGAUUAUCAUUUAUUUAAUUAAAGUGGUGUUUAAUUGAA